AUGUUUCACCUUGACCCAGAAAACCUUGACCCGAAGAAUCCCAAAGACAUAAAUUGGGAACACGCUGCACCUCGACUGCCAGAACCCCUGCCCCCAGUGAACCACAAAUUGUUCGAGAAUGACGACAUAGACGAAGAGACAAUCGAGGCCGCGAAGUACUACUCUUUAUGUUUCAAGACCGACCCGGAUCUUGACCCUGUGCAUCUUGAUCAAGAGCAGGAAGAGUUGUGCCUUGAGCGUGAUGGAAGAAAGUGUGUGUUGACGGUGGAGUCUAACAUUCGGAUCUUUCAUUUCAUCCCCAUCACAUGGAACUAUACCGUGGACCACAACAAUGCCACAGGAAUGCUCAAAGGAGCAAGUAUCGAGUUAGCUGGUGUCAAUCUCUUGAAUGCUCCCGCGGACAUCUGCAGCGCUAGUAAGCUUGGCGCGUCUCAUAAAGCAUGGAACAUGGUUUGCGUUCAUGAAGAUAUCUACGAUUAUCUCGUCAAGGGUCUUUGUGGUUUCAGGUUCAUUAGAUAUGAGGAUAUCGGCAAAGGCCAAGCCCUGGUGAACCUUGAACUCUGCUGGAUGUCCAAGUUGCCAGGACGAUUCAACGUUGACAUCAACAAGCAAAGGUUUCAAGCUGCGACCGAAGCAAUAUCAUUACAACAACGCUUUAACGCAUACUAUCGCCAGUGUUGUCCCACGAAAUUCCCGAAAAGUUCCGAAAUGGGCAAGAGAAUUCGAUCCGGCCACUCUAUCAACAUAACGAUGUCCGCACGAGACGCAGUGAAGUUCAAGUCUGUGGUCAAGGUACACUGGGCCUGUAUUCUGUUUACAGCUCUUUGUGGUGGUGCUGAGCGCGCUUGGAACCUAACUGGUAUGGAUCUAAGUGAUGGGUCUUUAAAGCCGAGGGAUCACGCAUUUGAGGGCGACGAUGACGAGGAAAACCUGAACUUGGAAUUGGAGAGCCUGAACAUUGACAUGGAGAGCCCGAACAUCAAGAUGGUACGGGAUGGUUUCAAGGCCUCCUUCGACGUUCCUGCUCUGGCCACUAUGUCGUGA